CCAACUGUCAAACCUCUCCACGCCCGCGUUUGACUCGGUGGCUCGCGAAAGCAAAACAAAGCACCGCGCGGUUUGUUGUUAUCGGAAAACACAAAAUAUCGUCUCAUCGCUCGCAUUUUUUGCACGUGCGCGCGGUUUCUUCCCGACAAAAAGGAAUCUGGAAUCACAAUCGGACACCAGUUGGUAUAGGACGUGGUCGUGCAUUUACCGUACAUAAAUUGCCACGCCAGCUGAUUCUUAGACAAAAGCAAUCAAUCGCCAGUCAGUAAUCGAUCGGGAUUCGAACGGGCAGUGAAACAGCUGAUUGGUAACUUUCUUCGCUCGAGGACAAAGGUUCAAACAAGGUAACGAAGCAAGAUGUUCUACGUGAUUGGACUCGGGCUGGGUGACCCCAAAGAUAUCACCGUUAAGGGGCUGGAGAUAGUGAAGCGGUGCGAGCGGGUCUAUCUGGAAUCGUACACCUCGAUAAUGACCUGCGGGCACGAAAAACUGGAGGAAUUCUACGGACGGCCCCUUAUUCUGGCGGAUCGUGAGCUGGUGGAGAGCGGUGCGGAUGACAUCCUCCAUAAUGCCCACACGGUCGAGGUGGCGUUUCUAGUAGUGGGAGAUCCGUUUGGCGCCACGACCCAUACCGAUCUGUUGCUGCGAGCCAAAGAGAAGAAAAUUCCCUACCAGGUGAUUCACAACGCGUCCAUCAUGAACGCUAUUGGCUGCUGUGGGCUGCAGUUGUACCAUUUCGGGGAAACGGUGUCCAUUCCGUACUGGGAUGGGGACUGGCAGCCGGAUAGUUUCUUCGAUAAGAUCAUCCUCAAUCUGGAACAUGGAUUGCACACGCUCUGUCUGUUGGACAUCCGGGUCAAGGAACCCACCCUGGCAUCGUUGACCAAGAAGAAGCGAGAAUACGAACCCCCGCGGUUCAUGAGCUGCAGCACUGCGUGUGACCAGUUGGCCCAACUAAUCCACAAGCGCAGGUUAAGUGGAGAGGCCAAGCAUCACUUGUUCAACGAUCGCAACGUGGUGAUCGGAUUGGCUCGAGUCGGUCACGAAACUCAGGAGAUCAAGGCCUGCACCCUGAAGGAAAUGAAGCAGACAGACCUCGGGGAACCGCUCCACUCGCUGAUCAUUCCGGCUGAGAUGCACCCGAUGGAGAUUGAGUUUCUGCAGCAGUUUGCCGACGAAGAUCUGAAGGAGCUGCAGAAGAGAGCCCGCCGCGAUGAGACCACGAGCAUUUUCAAGCUGGAAACGACACUGGACAGCACUAGCAAUUCAAACAACUAAGUCAAAUGAGGUGGUCCGGCCGAAGGUCCGACUUAAAGCUGCUUUCAAAGGGUAAUCUGUUUAUUUUUUAACGGAAUCAUAUUUUUCGGAGUGAUGCGCAUUGCGCUCAUCUUUUAUGCUGAUAUAUAUGUGUGAAAAGUUA